CAACGGAGAGUGCGCUGAAUGAAUGAAAACAUGGCUACUCAUGAGUGGCAGAGUGGUUAGGUUAAUGACGAUUUCUGAUACGGUGAAACCAUCAGGUGGAAACGCGUCCCCGUUUUUUUUUUUUAAAUACGGAGUUGUAGAAUAUGUCCAAGUGUUGGGUUUACCCCUGACAGUGUCUGUAUUCUGUUUGACAACGGGGGGGAAUUGAGAUUGGCUCAGGUCACGUUUAAUGAGUACACAAUUCACGGAUAAAAGCGAGAGGAAGCUGGGACCAGAUGACAAUGGUUUCACCUGGCUACGGUGAACAGCCUCUCCGACAAGAGGAUUCCCUCAUCCCACCCAGCCCUCCUAUUCCUCAUAACAAUUACCCCCAGCAAGAACAGGAUCGGGCUCAUUUCGAAGUUGACAAGAGGGCCGUUUACAGGCACCCACUAUUCCCUCUUCUGGCUCUUUUGUUUGAAAAAUGUGAAGUGGCCACGCAAACAGGUGAAUGUCCAUCAUCGGAGAGUUUCAACCUCGACCUUCAGGCUUUCAUACAGCAUCAAAAACAAGACUCGAAGCCAUUCUUCUCAAAUAGUCCAGAGAUUGAUAAUUUGAUGCUCAUGGCACUUCAAGUGUUGAGAAUUCACCUGUUGGAGUUGGAGAAAGUGCAAGAGCUGUGUAGAGACUUCUGUAGAAGAUAUAUUGGAUGCUUGAAGGGGAAGCUACAUUCUGAGAGCCUCUUGAGAGCUGAGUACAGUGAUGAAGGAGAAUCUCCACCUGCAACACCUUGUAAUGGUCCUUCACAGAUCAUGCAAGAUCCUUCCAUUGCUGCCUCUGUCCUCAGCCCAUUGGUCAUGGCAGGCUACUCAAGUAAGGUGAUGCAUGGAGUUCGAGAGAAUGGGAAUUCAUCUAUGCCUAUGGGAAACAUUCAUCCUAUCCCUGGGUCCACUCCUCUGGGACAUAUUGGUUCCAGCCAAGUUCCCAGUGGAAGCAGUGUAAGAAUAACUGGUGUUAGUGGAGGUGGUUCAGGUUCCCUGUCAUUUGAUGAGGAUGAUGAUGAGGAGGAUGCUGGACCAGGAAGGAAAAAAGCUAAAAGGGGAAUCCUUCCCAAGCAUGCCACGACUAUAUUGAAGUCUUGGCUCUUUCAGCAUAUUGUGGUGAGCAUGGCAGCAGUGGAAGAUGAGGAUGAGGAGUUUGGUGAUUUCAUCACUGCUUCACCAGUCAAGUCAGGCCUGAAUGAAAUGCCACAGAACAGUGAUGUUUCCAACUUGAAGAUUAAAACUGAGUUACAAUCUCUUGAAAGCACUCAGGAAGAUCAUCCAGAUGACUCAAUUAGGCCUAAAAAUCAUGUAAUGAAGUUGGACAGAAUUACUUCAGGGGAGCCUUUGUCCUUGGAAGAUACUAUUAUUCUGAAUCAUUAUGAGGAAUCUUGCAUAGAGGGCAGUGCACAUUCCUUGGUCAUCUCAACUGGUGAUACAAGUGGACUGUUUGAUUCCUCAACUUCACUGAGUGUUGCUGCUGCCAUCAAUGGAGAAGUGAAUGAAGACAAAAUAAGGCUUGAUCACAAUCAAUGUAUUAGUUCUCACAUGAACCUUUCUAUCUCUACAAAAGAUUCCAUAUCUGAGAAAAAUUUAAAUGACUGUAAACCAUCCACAGAAGUGCUUGGAAAAGACAGCAACAAUGAAAGAUAUGGUUCUAAUUCUGUAUUGGGAAAUUUUGAAAACCUCAAUCAUCAUGAAGAUAGUUUGGUGCCAUCUUUUGGUCAAGAUAAAGGAGAUAAAGGAGCACAAAUUCAUGGUGAAACUCUGGAAGGAAACAUAUCUCCUGAGGGACAUCCUGUUAUAGGCCAUUGUCCAAUAAGUUCAGAUGUAGGUGCAGAGCUUCACAUUUUUAAAGGUGAUCUGCCAGAGCUCAAGUGCUAUGAAGAAUCACCCACACUUGAGUGUAUUACUUCUGAGUACAGUGGUGUGCAUGUCAAAGGACCAGCAUCUGGAGGUACUGCAAGCUUUCAUGAAAAUGAAGUGAAUAGUGAAUUAGCUGAGUCAAACCAUAUAAGUGCUGAUGAUGUUGGUGACUUUGGAGACUUCAGUGGUUGGACAUCAGAGACCCCAGGGCCAGAGGUGCUAGUCAAUGAUGACUCCUUUGGUGAUUUUUCUUCAAAAUUUGAGGAGGCUAUGUCAGCAAACUGUGAUGAUAACUGGGCUUCUGCUGUCAGUUGGACUGAGCAGUCCAAUUCUGUGGAAGAUGGUGAUGAUUGUCAAGGCUUUAGUGAUUUCACUUCCUUUCCUGCUAAUGUUGAUACACUUCCAGUUCCUUUUGAUGGAUUAGGAACUGAUGAGCUGGGGACAACUGUGAUGGAGUUCUUUUCUUCAACUCUUUCACAUGAAGAGCCUCCUCCAAGCAGUGACAACCAGGGAUCUAUUCCUGAAGAGUCUCCAAUUUGGUCAAGGUUGUGGAAUUCUGAUAAUUCACGCAGUCUCAAGUUUCAGUGGACUAAUUGCUAUGGAGCCAAAGACUUGUUUUCAGCAUUAAAUGUUGACUCGAGGAAUAUUCUGCCUGGGCUGAAGAUGAAAGUACCAGCAUUUGCAUCAACACUUGCAUCUGGACCCCUGGAACCACUGAAAGCAGCUUCAGAAACUCCCAGGAGAGAUGAUGAGAGGCAUAGAGAUGGUCCUGAUCCUCCAAUAGAGACUGCUGUCCCUCCUGCUCACUUUGACUGGACUGGCAGUGGGCUGACAAACCCACUUGAUGAUGUAUCUAGCUUCUCACUUUUGGAUCUGGAUCUCUUGGGCACUAUUGACCCAGGUACUGGUUCUUCCUCCUUUGAGGACAUUCUCUUAUCAAAUCUUGAGAAGGAAGCUGAGUCAAUGGCUCCAAAACCCAAUCCUCCUCAAGCAACAUUCUCAAAGAUCCUGAAAGCCUCCAAGUCCAAGGUUCCAUCUUUUGCCAAGCCAACAAAAAGCCUCAGCCAAGAGGCUCAAGACUGCCUUGCACAACUCCCCAAUCUCUCUUUCAUGAAGUCCAAAGUCCUCAUGUUUCCAGUUAAGGGAAGUGAGAUGGACAGAGGUGCAUAA